AUGGGAAGUGAAUCAAAAAGAAUUAAAAAUUUAGAAACAAAAUUUAAUGAUAAAUUUUAUACAUUACAACAAGAAGUUUCAUUACUACGACAAAUUGUCGAUUUUCAAAAUACUAAAAUUGAUAAAUUAUCAAAAUUAUAUACAGAUUUAAUUGAAGAUAAUAAAUUAGCCAAACAACAACAUGAUGAAGAUGUAUUAAAUGCUUUAAAUGAUGUAGAAGUUGAAAGUCUACCAGAAACUAAUGAAUUAAAUAAUGAACCACCAUCACCAUCUCAUUUAAAUAAUUUACAAAUUCAACAACAUCAACAAAGAUUACAUCAGCAACAUUUACAUAAUCAAAUUGGAUUCGAAAGUAAUAUGGAUCCUGCUUUACAAGAACCACAACCUCAACAACAUCCAAAACCAAUUGAACAACCAAGACCAAAACGUAAAAAAAUUGAAAAAAAAAUGAAUAUAUUAUUCUUACAUAAUCCAACUACUAUAAGAGAAAUAUAUGAUGAAUUUUAUAAAGGUUAUAAAGGACAAGAACCUUUAUGUGAAUUAGAUGCAAAAUAUGGUAAACAUGUAUGGAGAGGUGAUUCAAGAAGUAAAGAAUCAAAAAGAUUUCAAAGAAGAAAAAAAUUGUGCGAUGCUAUACAGAGAGGUAUGAUUAAAUAUGGUAAACUGGCCGAUGAAAUUAUUGAUUUUAUUGAGAAAUUUAGAGGUGAUAAAUCAUUAACAUGGAUUAUGAAUGGCAAUUUGCCGCCAGAUAUAGAUGGGUAG